AGGCAGCAGGCAGAGCCGCCAAGAUGGCCCUGGACAACCUGAUCUUCGCUCAGUGCAUCCUCUAUUUCCUGGCCUUUGUGUUCGGCUUCAUCGCCGUUGUGCCGCUGUCCGAGAACACGGAGGACUUCGGUGGGAAAUGCCUGCUUUUCACGCGUGGAAUGUGGCAAAACGAGAACAUCACCGUGUCUAAACAGCGCUUCAUCGUGGAUGAGUGGGGACCAGAGUGCUCCUGCAGCUUCGUCACAUUUGUCGGGAUUGCAUCCCUCAUCCUGUCCGCAGUGCAGGCGUGGAGGCUGCUGUUCUUUCUGUGCAAAGGACACGACGACUCAUUUUUCAAUGCCUUCCUCAACCUGAUGAUCAGCUCCCUGUUGAUGUUCACAGUCUUCCUGUCCAGCACCAUUGUCAGUGUGGGUUUCAACCUGUGGUGCGACUCCAUCACUGAAAGCGGGAAGAUGCCUAACAGCUGUGAGGAGCUGCAGGACAUGGAUCUAGAACUGGGCCUUGAUAAUUCCGCUUUCUAUGAUCAGUUUGCAAUAGCUCAGUUUGGCCUUUGGGCUGGCUGGCUCACCUGGCUUGGGAUCACAGUGUUAGCCUUCCUGAAGGUCUACCAUAACUACAGACAGGAGGACCUGCUUGAUUCCCUGAUCCAGGAGAAGGAACUGCUGCUUGGACGCUCCUCACGCGGCGCCUCGGACCUCAAGACUGGCCUGAUCUAGAAUCUACUGGCUGAAACACUCACAUCUUACCCAUACAGCGCUGGUCACAAGUUUAGAUGCACCUAUCUGCUUUAAUCUCAUGCAUUUGAACCUUUUUUAAAUCAUAGUGUACUAAUAAUACAUAAAACCCCUUUAUUUUAAAAUCAAUAAGAUGCACAAUUUCUCUUUGACCUGUUAAUGGUCCAAAUCCAAUGAACAUUGAGUAACGUUUGUAGCCUUCAGAAGCUUCUGGUUUGAUUUUGGAAGGCUCUUCUUAGCUGAAAUGAUGGACUUUACUUAUACAGUUCAGCUUCCAGGCUCCAACCAAUGUUUUUAAACAUAAUGUAUUUCCAGUACUUAUCAGGAACUACCUCUGAUCCUUAACAGAUCCAUACCAUGAGUAAGGAGAUCAGUUUAGUCUUAACUGUAAACUCCUCACCAACUGUAUUUUCUUCCAUGAAAAACCCUCCUCUCCUUCCUGGUGUCCUCCCAGUCAACAUGCUCAAUACCAAACAUGUGAGUUAACCUUGUGCCAAAUCCUCUGGAGCUAACAAGGCCCCACUGAGGGACCUCUUUUGUGUUCUUUGACAUAAAUUGCUACAUUUUAUUGGCUGUUUAGCUGCAUAUGCAUUGAACAGCGAUGCUGUUCUGUUUACAUACCCUUUCAUGCACACGCUGGUUGAGCUGCUGCUUAACAAAUGCUCUGUUCACUAUUCCGGAAUGUCACCAGUUCACUGCUUAUUCCUCGUAAAAAUGCUCCAAAUCAUUCUAUUGCACAAUUAGUCUAUUGUCAUCAUGACAAUAUCGCGUCGUCUCAUAAUACAUCGUGUAAAAAGCAUAUUUAUUACCCACACUUAGAUCAAUUCAAGCGUAGUUUAUUUAGGGUGAGAACUUCCCAAAAUCUCUCUUCCCAAAUUUCUGUUUUUCCAUUUAUGAUGAAAAUGCUAAUGGCGGACCCAAUCUUGCACCAAUUUAAUUAACCCCCCUCGAGAUAAAAUUACAGUGAGUUAUUUUAAUUUUAUCUGAGGCUUAUGUGAGAGAUCACGAUCUUAAGACCCUUAGGUUUAAGCUUGGU